AUGCUGGGAAUCUGCAGAGGGCGACGGAAAUUCCUGGCUGCCUCUCUGACCAUCCUUUUUGUCCCAGCCAUUACGUGGAUUUAUCUGUUUUCUGGGAGUUUCGAAGAUGGGAAGCCGGUGUCGCUGUCCCCGCCGGAGUCGCAGCCGCACAGCCCUCGGUACACGGCGUCGAGCCAGCGGGAGCGCGAGAGCCUGGAGGUGCGCGUGCGGGAGGUGGAGGAGGAGAACCGCGUGCUGCGCAAGCAGCUCAGCCUGGCCCAGAGCCGGGGCCCCGCGCAGCGCCACGGCAACCGCUCCAAAACCUACUCCAUGGAAGAGGGCACGGGCGACAGCGAGAGCCUGCGCGCUGGCAUCGUGGCGGGAAACAGCUCCGAGUGCGGCCAGCAGCCGGCGGUGGAAAAGUGCGAGACUAUCCACGUUGCCAUUGUCUGUGCAGGGUACAAUGCCAGUCGGGAUGUUGUCACACUUGUCAAGUCUGUCCUAUUUCACAGGCGAAACCCACUCCACUUUCACCUCAUCGCAGAUGCAAUUGCCAAACAGAUCCUGGCAACUCUGUUCCAGACGUGGAUGGUCCCUGCUGUGCGCAUCGACUUCUAUGAUGCAGAUGAGCUCAAGUCUGAAGUGUCCUGGAUCCCCAACAAACACUACUCUGGGAUUUACGGGCUGAUGAAGUUGGUUCUGACUAAGACUCUACCUUCCAAUCUUGAGCGAGUCAUUGUCCUCGACACAGACAUUACAUUUGCCACUGACAUUGCUGAGCUAUGGGCCGUCUUUCACAAGUUCAAAGGGCAGCAAGUUCUUGGCUUAGUGGAGAACCAGAGUGAUUGGUAUUUGGGCAACCUUUGGAAGAACCAUCGGCCCUGGCCAGCACUUGGGAGGGGCUACAACACAGGGGUGAUCUUGCUGCUUCUGGAUAAGUUGAGGAAGAUGAAGUGGGAGCAGAUGUGGAGACUGACGGCGGAGCGGGAGCUGAUGAGCAUGCUGUCCACUUCACUGGCUGACCAGGAUAUCUUCAAUGCAGUCAUCAAACAAAAUCCCUUCCUUGUCUACCAGCUCCCAUGUUUCUGGAAUGUGCAGCUUUCUGAUCACACCCGUUCUGAGCAGUGCUACAGAGAUGUGUCUGACCUGAAGGUGAUUCACUGGAACUCACCGAAGAAGCUGCGAGUGAAAAACAAGCAUGUGGAGUUUUUCCGCAACCUCUACCUGACAUUCCUGGAAUACGAUGGGAAUUUGCUGAGACGGGAACUCUUUGGCUGCCCCAGUGAAGCAGAUGUGAACAGUGAAAAUCUCCAGAAGCAGCUGUCUGAGCUGGACGAGGAUGACCUGUGCUACGAAUUCCGUCGGGAGCGCUUCACCGUCCAUCGCACGCAUCUGUAUUUUCUGCAUUACGAGUACGAGCCCGCUUCAGACAGCACCGAUGUGACCCUGGUGGCACAACUGUCCAUGGACAGGCUCCAGAUGCUUGAAGCCAUCUGCAAGCACUGGGAAGGUCCCAUCAGCCUGGCACUCUACCUUUCUGAUGCAGAAGCCCAGCAGUUCCUGCGCUAUGCUCAGGGCUCAGAAGUCCUGAUGAGCCGCCACAACGUUGGCUACCACAUCGUGUACAAGGAGGGGCAGUUCUACCCUGUGAACCUGCUCAGGAACGUGGCCAUGAAGCACAUCAGCACACCAUACAUGUUUCUGUCCGACAUCGACUUCCUGCCCAUGUAUGGACUCUACGAGUACCUCAGGAAGUCUGUCAUCCAGCUAGACCUAGCUAACACCAAGAAAGCUCUGAUUGUACCUGCCUUUGAGACCCUACGCUACCGCCUCUCCUUCCCCAAGUCAAAAGCAGAGCUGUUAUCUAUGUUGGACAUGGGAACCCUCUUUACAUUCAGGUACCACGUCUGGACGAAAGGGCACGCGCCAACAAAUUUUGCCAAGUGGCGAACAGCCACCACCCCCUACCGCGUGGAGUGGGAAGCAGACUUUGAGCCAUACGUCGUCGUCAGGAAGGACUGCCCAGAGUAUGACAGGCGCUUCGUGGGAUUUGGCUGGAACAAAGUAGCUCACAUCAUGGAGCUGGAUGCACAGGAGUACGAGUUCACGGUGCUGCCCAACGCCUACAUGAUCCACAUGCCGCACGCGCCCAGCUUCGACAUCACCAAGUUCCGCUCCAACAAGCAAUACCGCAUCUGCCUCAAGACGCUCAAGGAGGAGUUCCAGCAGGACAUGUCACGCCACUACGGCUUCGCGGCGCUCAAGUAUCUCACGGCAGAGAACAACAGUUAG